UCGAGGAAAAUAAGAGUAAAUAGGGCCAAAAAAGAAAAAAAAAAUCAACUCCGUAAAGGCUUAUUCAACGUAUAUAGGGGAAAAAAACAAAAAAAUAUUCAACGUCUCCGGAAAGUCUUGUUUUCAAACACGACACCAAUAUUUGAUGUGGAUAACAUAUAUUUCUCGCACCAUCACGUUUCGAAGCAAAUUCGUAUGCAUUUAAAGAAGCGGA